GUACGUUCUACAUUCUGAUCCGAGGAUCAGCUGGAGGCAGCAAUAAACAGAAAGAAAAUCUGCAGCGGAAAAAAUAGAGGAGGAAGAGAAAAAAAUAGCUGCAGAUGUUAUGAUCUGAAAACAUCAGUGUAACAUUUUUACACGAAGCCCUUCUUCUAAGAAGAAAGCCUUUUAUUUUUGUAUAAUGGUGUUUUAACUACCUCACUUAAAGACUAUCUAAAGCUAUGCUUUAAAGAAUUGUUGUCGUUUCUACUGUGUGUGAGAUCUCGUUUACAACUUGAAUAAUACUGCAAAGGCAGGCCUUUGCUCCAAACCAAGUGAAACCUUACAUUUGCACUACAGAAGCCUGUCUACUCCGAGAUCCAGCAAAGGGCUUCAAUUGAAAAAAAGAGACUAAAUAAAUUAGACAAAGAAUCAAACAAGUGAUACAUAAACACAAAUAAGAAAAUUCAAAAAGGCAGCUACAGCUUUUUCUUUGUGGACAACAAAAAGUACCUGAGUCAUCAAUACUUGAUAAUACAGCAGUCAUGUUUCAGCGUCUGAGCAACCUGUUGUUUGGGGAGGUGGAAGAGGUGGCAGCUGAGCUGAAGGGACCCAACCCCUGUGUGACGGAGGCCGAUGAGGAAGGAUGGAUGCUUGUCAACCUGCCUGAUGAAUCUGAUUGCAUGGUGCAGGCGGGGGAUGCACAAUCAUCUCCAAACAGUAACCAAUCAAAUCAUCAAGACACACAUUCAAGGACUGAAUGUCCGGCCCCCAUUCCCCACGCACCUUACAAGCGCCGUAGGACACAUAAAGGUCGGGCACGAGGUGCUGUAGCAUCAUCAGACCCCCUGUCUUGUCAAAGCGCUAGCCCGUCAGACUUGGGUGCCACUACACCCGUGACCCUGCCGAGACGGGCCAGACUGUCUACGCCCUCCUCCACCCCGUCAAUGUCCCCUGGCUCUGGAAGUGAGUGUGGGGGCAGUGGGGGUAGCAGUAGGGCAGGCGCAGAGAGAGGCUGCAUGGAUGAGAGCUGGUUUGUCACCCCUCCCCCCUGUUUCACUGCAGAGGGAGCCACAGCGGAGGCCAGCCCGAUGGAGGACCUGCUCAUCGAGCACCCUAGCAUGUCGGUGUACGUCUCCUCCAACAACUUCUCCAUGGUCUCCAACAGCAACCUGUCUGUGGUGGGAGAGGAAAGCAUUAUGAGCUUGGCAAGCAGCGUGAGCAGAGUGGCUGAACCAGCUGCUGUCCCCGCCACCCGCAGCACUAUGCCCACCAGGGUGACCCGUGGAGCAGCUGCCCAGGCUGGAGCUCUGGCCAAGGUCACCCAAGUGGCCAGGGUCCAGCGUAGCAAAGCCCGCAUCGAGCGGCGCCAUCUGGGCCGCAACCGCAUCCAACGCCAAAACCUCACCAGGGAGCAGGUCCCCCGCCACGCAGCCCACGCCAGAAACACCUUCCUUCACCAGCCUAGCAAGCGUAACAUCUGCCACUAAUCUCCCCAGCAACCAGGGGGCAUCGUUUACUCUGAGGGCAUUAGUAGUGCAUAGUCAACUCCAAGACACACAUGAUUAAAUGUAUUCACCCAGAGCACAUUUGCUAUCAUUUCUGCACAUCAUAUCACAUUACACUCAGAUACCAGUAGACUAGUAGCUUUUUUGUUUUGGUUUAGUCACAAACUGACUCCACCUGGUAGUUUUAUGCCCCAUUCUGCUCUUAUGAACCCAGCCCUCUGAGUACAUCUGUCUAGACCUUUAUUAUAAUUAUUGUCCAUUGCAGUAUCCAAACUACAAAAAAAAAUUCAAAAUAUUUAUACAGGUUAUACUUAGUAUUAUUAAUGUCUGAAAAACAACAAAAAGUUUAGCUCUGAUUUUCUUCUCCUAUCUUAGUAAAAUAUUCUCCUUCUUUCACCCUUUCUCAAGGCAUGUUAUUUUUGAAAACAAUGAAAUCUCUAAAAUAAUUUGUAUGUUCAGUUUGGACAUAAUCUGAAAUUUAAACAACCAAGUGUACUUUAAGAUUCUUCUGGUGGAAACAAUGCAAGACAGAGACAAGUUAAGCCACAGUAUCUUUGCAGAGAAAACAACUCAUUAUGUCUUUGAAGCUUUAUAUUACAGGUGAUUCUUUUUUUCAGAAAAAAGGUGGAAGGAUAUACCGUGUGACAAGUGUGAGGGGAAAAUCACAUUUGUUUCUCUCCUGUUUGGUCUUUCAACAUGCAAAGUAACCGACAAGAGCGAUGAAACAUGUCGCAACCUCUUUCAUCAUAGGUAACAAAUGUUGUGAUAUUUCUCUCUUCUCACUUUGUGAAGGAUAAGAGCAAGUAGAAUAUGGUGAGAGUAUGAGCAAAACAGACUAAAGAGUAAAAAGAAAUGUUAUGAAUUAGAACUCGAUGGCAUUAAAAGAAAUGCAGUUUGUGUGGUAAUAAGUGGUAAUAAGGAAGUGUUAUGUAACCCUCUGAGCAGCCCUUGUUUUGCAUAUUUCAUCCGUGUUGCUCUGGAUAAUGAAUAAGGUAUUUUGUUUUUGUGGACAUGGACAUUGGUCUAUAUAAUAAAUAUAUAGAAGAACUAUUGAUAAGGAGUAUAACUGGAGAUGAGGUGAAACGAUACAGGGCUUGCCUUUGGGUUACAGGGUAUGGCAGGUUAUAGUAAGUGCAGAGCGGUAUUGAUGGUAACUCUUUAUUUUGUUUUGUUAGAUUGUUUGUCCGCCCAUUUUCUCUCGUAAAUUGUAAUAUUACAGUCUCGCUGUCUGCAUGCUUCCACCAAAGACAGAAAAGAAAGUUUGUUACUGUCAGACAAAGAGAAAGUACACGUUUGGCUUUUAAAGACAUCAACAACAACAAAAAAAAUCACUCCCUGUAGAUCAUACACUGCAUAAUGAUCAUUAAAUGUGUGGUCUGUAAACUAAAGUAAUGUGCCCGGCACACAUCAUCCAUUUUCAUCCACAGUGUGUGCUGUGAUCUUACGUUCUCCAUGUGAACACCAAAAAGAAAGUACGAUCUAUUAACACAAAAGCUCCUUCCAUUGUCACUGACUGCCCAGGAGGCAACUGGAGAAAGGGGGAAGAAACGUCUCCUUAAAGCCUAACAACGUCUUUCCCUUGCAACACAUUCAGAACUAUCAUCUUGCUUAUGGAUGUGCAACCCAUUGCUCUCUAACAUCGUCCCUUUCUCGUUAGCACAUCCAGCAUUAACAGUGUCCACUUAAAGAUCUAGCUUACUGAUAUGUAUUCAACAACAAUAGUAAACAAUGGUGCUGAAGUGUAUACUAAUGUUUGUAAAUUAUUUGAGACAUGGAUGUAAGUUUGCACUGUCAUACAUUUUGUGAAAGUUUUAGCGGUGUGCUGUGUGCUUGUUUUAAUUUUGUGAAUUUUUUUUUCUUAUUCUUUUUUGUUUUGAUUCAAAUUGUGUGUGAGAAGAUGUACUGACACGUAUAAUGCUAGAAACUCUUUAAAAAGACAUGGAUAAUGGUCAUUUAUUUGUCUUGUAAAUAUUACAAAACAAUUUAUAACGCUCUGUUAGAUGUCAAAGCCUCUCAGGACUUGAGUCCACAAUGUUGUGUCCAAUGGGACUAAUGAGAAUCCUCUCUCUGCCUCACCUCUGUGCUCAUUAUCAAAUCAAGAGGGCAUUUCAGUGGCCAAAAGUGGUGUUUUUGCCCCAGCUUCAGUCUCAUCUCUUUGAGAUAAAAACUCAGAGUUGAUGUGCCAUAGGCAAACACUGCCCUCCAGAGGGUCCACUUAGCACAGCACUGGCUGUAUGGAUGCUGGUGAAGAUACAGUACAAUGACAUGGUCUUAUUACAGUCUGUACUGGUGUGUUCAAAGGUCAGAUUGAGAGUCCGGGGAUUCAUUUCUGAUUGUUUGGUAAAUGGAAAUGUCUCUUUAAGAUCAUCUAGAUGAAAGAGAUUAUUAUUAUUAUUAUUUUCCCUUGAAUCACCUACCACCCAUUUUUUCAUUUCUGCCAGUAAUCCUAUAAAUUACUUUGUUUUAUUAAAAAUCUGUUAAUAUCUGUUAAUUUAUGAUAUAAUUAUGAAUAUUAUCUUUUUUCUGUUUAAAGAUUACUAUUAUGUAUCCUGUUGAUUCCUCUGAAUGGUGCGGGAGAUGGAUCUGAGGUGAUGAGGCUAACAUGGGCACACACACACAUACAUAUAGUGAUAGCUCAAUGUAAGCUUCCCUCUUACAGACUUACUAUUCGAACUGUCUCCAAGAUGGAAUUUUGUUUGCCUGUUGUAAAAUAGUACAUACCGACUGAAAACGUAAAAAUGAGAGAUCACAGGUAUGAAAUGUGUGUGCAUGCAAAAUGUAAAGAUCACCACAGAUACCAUCUGCCUCUGCAAACCUGUCCUGUUUUCCUUAUUUUUAUUUCUUCCUUUCUGACCAGUGUCAUGUAAAAAGGAAACAUGUUCUCGGUAUGUUGUGUGUGAUUAUUGAAAGGUGUGGUUUAAGACUUAAAGUCAUCCAACAAUGGGGAGAGGGAGUGGUCAUCAGGUGUGUCGAGCCUAUAUGAUGUGGACAGGGAAAGGAUGAGGCAGGAGACAGAUAGUUUAUAUAUAUAUUUAAAAAAAAAAUGAAAUUAAAUGUAUCAUAAAAAUACAAUAGAAUAUGCUUGUAUUUUCCCAUAUAGUUAUUAGAACAGUUGUUCACUAGGAUGUUUUAAAUGAAAGGCGUUGAAUGUCUGAGGGGGUUUCAUAUGUUUUAUGUUGUGCCCUGAAAUGAUGGCAGCUUAAAAACACUUGGGGUUUUGCCCAUGUUACAUCUCAAUUAGUACACCCCUCCCCCCCAUAAAAAAGAAAUAUAUAGACAUAUAAAAAUUUGGUGUAUCUGAUAUCUACAGUAUGGUGAUUGUGCCUUUCACUAUUUCUGCAUGGUUUUUGUGAUGUUCUGAUUUUUCCAUCCCCAAAGUGGACGGUCGUCCACCGACAGGCAAGACCUAUGCAAAAAUCAACCGAUGGGUUUUCCAGCAUCCAUUCAGAAAAACACAGGUACCCGCCAAAAAAACCAACAACAAUAAAUACUCAGGUUAA